UGGCACUAUGUUCAAAUCAGUUACAAUUUGUUCAAGUGUCUGCCUUCUACUACUACUAAUUAAUGCAAGUUCGGGGAAGUACCCGACGAAAAAUGGUCCCAGAAAUAAUCUAUUACUGGAUUUUGGUAAAAUAACAAUAAAAAACCCCAUGAAAAACUACGACGAUCCAAAUACAUCCCCUUACGGAGAAUACGGAAUAGACUGGGUGUAUUUUCCAGAUGGGAAUGGAAAUAUUAAAAUCGGAUUUUUAAGACACCCCAAAUACUACAACAAGAAUGUUGCCAGUAACAGUAGCACAAGAACAAUAUUUUCGAAAAGCCCAAACACUGAAGAAGUUGUAAAAUUUAUGUUUUACAACAGGAAAAACAACGACAAAGGUGGAACGACAUUCCUUUUAAGCAAUAUGACAGAAGUUUUAGGGGAAAUUGAUAACUCGAAACCCCUAAAACUGAUAACGCAUGGCUGGCUGUCGAACGGGCAUACAAAAACGUGCCAGCUGAUUAAAAAUUCCUACUUAAAAAAAGAUGACAUGAACGUGAUAGUGAUGGAUUGGAGCGAAAUAUCCGACACCGUAUGGUAUUAUAAACCCUUGUCAAAAACAAAAGACGUCGCUUCGUAUUAUUCAAAAAUCGUUGAAAAAAUUGUCGCAAACGGUAUGGACCCCAAACAUAUUCAUUUGAUAGGGCACAGCCUGGGGGCCCAUGUGUCUGGAUUCGCAGCAGUAACCCUUAAUAGAACCACUGACAUAAGAAUAGGCAGAAUUACAGUUUAA